UCUUACGCAUGUCGUCAAAAAUACAUGUAACCGUCUAAAUAUAUCUAGUGUAGUAUAUCGUGUGGGUCGUAUUUAGGGAGUGACGUUUGGCUGGUAAAAGCGAUGGCUGAGAUAAGAUCCAAAGAAUUCCAGUGGCCGCAGGGGAGGGACACGAGCUGCAACAAAGAAACACGCCAUUCAGUUUUACGUAGGUUACAUGUUCUCUGUUUAAUUUUCUAAUAAUAAUAAUAAAGUGUCAGCAAUAUCAAGCGUGUGAUUUUCAACCAUAAACUAAAAAACACGGACCGUAGGCUACACACGGAAGGGUUUUCCCCCCUGCACCGGAGCGGGAGAAACACUUUGCUUCCUGAACGCGUGGGUCUAACGUUAACCUUUGAUUUCAUAUGCUGGCAGUAGCACGCGGACCGCCACUGUCAUUUAGGACACUAGGAAAGGACACACGACAACUGUAUUCAGUUUAAUUAUGCAAUGUAUGAAGUCUUUGGCUAAAGAACUCAUUCACCCAGAACCGGUGAGCUUUCAUAAAGCGUCGCGUUGAGGUACGGCAGGUACUGACAAGUUUGAUUCGGACGAUUGAAGUCCGCAAUCUGAUGUCUACCGGGACCUUCAUUACACCGAAUUGCCGCAAUGUCGACCGGAGCAGGAAUGAGACUAGAAACUCGGGUGAGAAAACUGGAGACAAUCAUCAAGGACCAACGAUCAGCGUUGAAUUUGGAGAGUUUGCUGGAUUCAGUAACUGCCCUGGCCCUUGAUCUGAACCAUCCUGCGCUGAGAAAGAACAAAAACAUAGAUGCCUUCUUAAACAGAUAUGAAAAGGCUGUGUGCUGCCUUAGGGAACUACAGGUGAAGCUGGAUGAUUUUGAAAGAGUCAAACUGAUCGGCCGUGGAGCGUUUGGCGCAGUGCAGCUGGUACGACACAAGGCUUCUCAAAAAGUGUAUGCCAUGAAGCAGCUCAGCAAGUUUGAGAUGGUCAAGCGCUCUGACUCUGCCUUCUUCUGGGAAGAGCGUGACAUCAUGGCGUUCUCCAAGAGUCCUUGGAUAGUUCAGCUGUGCUGUGCUUUCCAAGAUGAGAAGUACCUCUAUUUGGUGAUGGAGUUCAUGCCCGGUGGAGACCUGGUGACUCUGACCAGUAACUAUGACAUCCCAGAGGAGUGGGCUCGGUUCUACACGGCAGAAGUGGUGCUGGCACUAGACGCUAUUCAUUCUCUGGGCUUUAUCCACAGAGACAUUAAACCAGACAACAUGCUGCUGGACCGUAACGGACACCUUAAACUCGCUGACUUCGGAACAUGCAUGAAGAUGGAUUCGACUGGUAUGGUCCGCUGUGACACUGCUGUCGGGACUCCUGAUUACAUUUCACCAGAGGUUUUGAUGUCACAAGGAGGGACGGGUUACUACGGCCGCGAGUGUGACUGGUGGUCUGUUGGCGUUUUCAUUUAUGAGCUGCUAGUGGGUGACACACCGUUUUAUGCUGAGUCCCUAGUGGGAACCUAUGGAAAGAUCAUGGAUCAUAAAAACCACUUAACUUUCCCAGAUGAUAUGGAAUUGUCAAAGGAAGCCAAGGACCUCAUCUGUGCCUUUCUGACUGACAGGGAGGUGAGGCUUGGCCGGACUGGAGUGGAUGAAAUAAAAUGUCACCCCUUCUUCAAGAACGAUCAGUGGACCUUCGACACCAUACGAGACACCAUGGCUCCAGUGGUGCCGGAGCUGAGGAGCGAUAUUGACACCAGUAACUUUGAUGAUGAUAUAAAGGAUGAUCCUGGAGGAACCGAGACCUUCCCCCCUCCCCGUGCCUUUGCAGGAAAUCAGCUACCUUUUGUGGGCUUCACUUAUUUCAGGGAGGACCAGUUGUUAACCCCAAAAAACAAGUGUUCAGAUGAGGACUCAAGUGCUAAUAAUCUCAUUGAGGAUCAUGGUUUAAACCAUGCAGAGUCCAGUGACCUGCAGAAGAAGCUGAAAAAGUUGGAUGAAAAAGUCAAACAUGAGAUGCAAGCAAAGGAGGAACUGGAAAAUAAAUGCCGGACAGCAAAUCAGCGGCUGGAGAAAUUGUCCAAAGAGCUUGAAGAAGAAGUGAAUGCGAGACAAAUGGCAGAAGACUCUCUGAGGGCAUUGGAGAGAGAGAAGGCUUUACUGAAGCACCAGCGUUCUGAAAGUAUAAGAAAGGCCGGCCAAGAGACAGACAGAAAGCGUCUUCUUGAGAAUGAGGUGGGCAGCCUGAGAGAUCAGCUAGCCGAACUGAAGAAGAAGAACCAGAACUCUCAUCUCUCCGCUGAGAAGAACAUUCACCUGGAGAGACAGUUGGAGGAGGUGAAUGCUAAGCUUCAGGCUGAGGUGGAGGAGUCUGAGAGGCUGAAGAAGGCCCAGAGCGAGGUGUUGAGACAGUCCCAGCAGCUGGAGGUCUCUCUCAAGGAGCUCCAGGAGCGUCUGGCCCAGCUGGAGAGCGGCAGGCUGAGUCUGGAACAGGAGAAACUGAGUCUGCAAACCUCACUGGAAGAGGAGAAGCGAGAGAGAAGCCUUGGCUCAGAGACCAUCAAUGAACUACAGGGUCAUGUCUCCGGACUGGAGGACGAGUUAAAACACUUAAAGAGUUCUCUAUCAAAGGCUGAAGUAGAGAAAAGACAGUUACAGGAGGAUCUUACUGCCCUGGAAAAGGAGAAGAACAAGCAAGAGAUCGAUCACUCCUUUAAACUCAAAGCAGUUCAACAGAGUCUGGAGCAGGAGGAGGCGGAGCAUAAAGCCACUAAAGCCAGAUUGGCCGACAACAACAAAGUUAACCAAUCCAUCGAGGAGGCCAAGUCUGAGACCCUGAAAGUUAUGGAACAUAAGCUGCUGGAAGAACGAUCUGCGAAGCAACAGUUGGAAAACAGACUGAUGCAGCUGGAGAAGGAAAACUCAGGAUUAGACUGUGAUUACAAACAAGCCAAACAUGAGCUUCAGGAGCUCCGCUCACUCAAAGAAAAACUCACUGAGGAGGUGGAGGUGCUAAGUGUGCGUGUGCAGCAGGAGACUCAGAGGAAGACUCUGUGUCAGAAUGAUCUCAAAGUGCAGAGGGAGGAGAUCAGCACCCUACGCUCCUCGGAGAAACAGCUCAAACAGGAACUUAAUCAUCUGCUGGAGCUCAAACUCAGCCUGGAAAAACUAAAUCAGGAACUGCGCAGGGAGAGAGAAGAAGCUGACACACACUUGAAAGAGCUGAAGGACCAGUUGGAGGCACAGCAGUACUUCACAAAACUGUAUAAAACUCAGAUUCGGGAGCUGAAAGAGGAGAAUGAUGAAAAGGCUAAACUCUACAAAGAUGCUCAGGAGAGACUAGAGGAUCUGCUGGAAGAGAGGGACUCGUUAGCAACGCAGCUUGAGGCGAGCCUUACGAAGGCAGAUUCUGAACAGUUGGCGCGCUCCAUCGCGGAGGAGCAGUACUCAGACCUGGAGAAAGAAAAGAUCAUGAAGGAGCUGGAGAUCAAAGAUAUGAUCGCCCGACAUCGGCAGGAACUCUGCGAAAAGGACAAUACCAUCAACUCUCUGGAGGAAUCAAACCGAACACUCACUGCGGAUGUGGCCAACCUGGCUAGUGAGAAAGAGGAGCUCAACAAUAAGUUCAAACACCUACAGCAAAAGCUGGAGAUUGUCAAAGAAGAAGAGAAACAGAUGAAAUCUUUGACACUGUCCCUAGAGAAGCAAAUACAGUCUGAGAAAACCCUCAAGAUUCAGGCUAUAAACAAGCUGGCAGAGGUUAUGAAGAAAACUGAUGUCAGGCCACAGCACGGUAACAACAGCGACAUCCGCAGGAAGGAGAAGGAGAACAGACAGCUCCAGCUGCAGCUCCGCACAGAGAAAGAAAAACUCAACACCACCAUCUUAAAAUACCAGAAAGAAAUGAAUGAUAUGCAGGCUAUGAUAGCAGAGGAGUCCCAAGUCCGACUGGAGAUGCAGAUGGCCCUGGAUAGUAAAGACAGUGAUAUUGAGCGUCUGCGCUGUCAGAUCACUUCUCUGAGCAUCCAUUCUUUGGACACCACCAGCAUCAGUAGCACGGGAAAUGACCUGGAGGGGGAAGAUGCUUAUCCAGAUUCUAGUCUUGAGGGAUGGCUCUCAGUGCUUGCCAAAAACACCAAACGGUUUGGAUGGGAAAAGAAGUAUGUGGUGGUCAGCAGCAAGAAAAUCUUGUUUUAUGACUCAGAGCAAGAGAGAGAGCAGGCCAGCCCCUUCAUGAUUCUGGACAUAGACAAACUCUUCCAUGUGAGACCUGUCACUCAGACAGACGUGUACCGUGCCGAUCCCAGAGAAAUCCCACGCAUCUUCCAGAUAUUAUAUGCUAAUGAGGGAGAGAGCAAGAAAGAGGAGCUUGCUGUGGAACCCUUAUUAGCAGCUGAAAGGUCGUCCUAUAUCCCACACAAAGGUCACGAGUUCGUGCUCACGCUUUACCACUUCCCCUCUAGCUGUGAAGCAUGUUCAAGGCCUCUGUGGCAUGUCUUCAAACCCCCACCAGCCCUGGAGUGCAGGCGCUGCCGAGUUAAAUGCCAUAAAGACCACAUAGAUCGCAAGGAAGAGGUCCUUGCUCCUUGCAGAGUGAACUAUGAUAUGUCCACUGCGAAAGAGAUGCUGCUGCUGGCCAACUCCACAGAAGAGCAGCAGAAAUGGGUCAACCGAUUACUCAAGCGGGUCCCGCGUAAACCUAUAGCCCACUCCACAAGCAUAGCUAUAGCCUCUCCCACCUCUGAGGCGUCACCAACUGGCCUGUCCCCCACGCCCUCUCCUCAUCUGUCCUCCCAUUCAUCUCCCAGACUUUCACACAGAGGAGCCGUCAAAGUGCAUUCCACCAGACAGCAGCCCUCAACCAAGACCAGCUAACACUGGUGAAGGCUGGAUAGAUGAUGAUCAUUCUGGGAACUUUGAAAGCAGAGACUGUCAUUGUGUUUUUUUGUUAGUUUUUUUUUUUUUUUUUUUUUUUUUUUUUUGCAAAUCGCCGGACUUCUAAGUGCCAAACUCCACAAGUAUGAAUUACUGGGUAGGUCUAAUAUUAUUAUAGCUAAAACCAUAAAUUCUCUAAAGGGUUUAGUUAUUUUUUAAGUCAAUUUAAGACUGUUUCAUGUCUUUGUAGAUUAUACAAUUCUUUAAAAAAGCAUUUUAAAUUUAAGAAAUUAUUUUUAUCUACUUCCUUACAAGGUUGUCAGUAAGUGUGCCUGUGUGUGUGUGUUUGAAACAGAAUAUGUACUUAAGUGCUGCAUUUAUAUGAUCAUCUGAAUUUAUAUACUCAAGUAUUACAUCUAUUUUUUUUUGUUUGGCAAAAUACAUUUAGUGGAACAGAUUAUAUUUUUUAUCAGACAUUACAUCAAAGGACACUGCUUUUCAAGGUGCAUUACUUAUUAACAUCUGCUCAAAAUAUAUGCAUUAUUGAGGACAUGAUACAAAGAUUCUAUUUGUAGCACAUUGUAUUAAAAACUGUAACGAAAAUUAGACACAACUGUAUGCAAGGUGGUGGAACAUGAUGACCUUUGGUCCAAACAUUUUCUGUAUUUUUUGUCAUGUUGCCACUGACAAACUGUUGAGAAAUUGUUAAUAAAAAAGCUUUAUUUGAUGGAAAA